UCCCCUCCCUUCAUCUCUUUCCGCCUGAUCUCUUGAAAGCCUGCACCUAAUGUAGUUUUUAAAUAAUUUUAAUAUUGUGAGGACGAAAUUAAAUACCCAGAAUUUCAUUUUUCAGUGAUUCCACUCAAAAAAGAGGAAAAAUUCCUCCCUUUCUGAGGAAAAAAUGGCGCAGGCCCUUUCAAUAAGAAGUAGCUUAACAAACUCAGGAAACACAUCUGUUUGUGGAACAGAAGUAGUUGGGAGGCGUCAUUUUGAGAUAAUUGGAAAAGCGCGCAUGAAAUCUGGGAUUGGUAAACAAUUUGUCUGCCAUGUGUAUGCGCCGAGUUUUUACUUCAAAGGCAACCCCAAAUUGUUGAAGAACAGGGGCUUUGGGGUUAAAGCUGUAUGGCCAUUUAAAGGAGGUGACCAAGAAUUGGGUGCAAGCUCAGAGCGAAGUGAGGCUGCUAAUGAAGAUAUAUUGAUUUUCUUUUUCCAAUUAGACUUGGCCACUCAAGUUCAGCGUGCUUUGAACUUGUAGGAAUAUGAAAUUGCACAGCAGCUUAGAAACGAACUUAAUGAGGUUGAAGCAGAAAUACUUAAGCAGCAAGAAGAGAAAAGAGGUUCUUUCCUAUUUUACGGGAUGGAUGCAGCCGGAGAUUUCAUCCCUAUCAAGCAGCUUCGCGAGAAGUACAACAAGCCCUGCCACGAAAUCUCGCUUGAUCCUGAAGACGAUGAAGGUGGAGGUUCUUUCUGAUCCGUAUGUAAAAUAUCUCUUAAAAGAGUUUUUUUUUUACUCAAUUCCUACCGAAAAAUAUAAAAUCCUUUUGUACUAAAAGUUUUAAGAAAUUUACUGGGUUAAUUGCAC